AUUCUACCAACGGUCUAUAUUUGAUAGCACGUCACAAAUGUUUUGCGUGUGUGUAUUGACGAAAACAGGCGUGGAAGACUCAUGAUGAGGGAUUGCUGCACGUGACCAGCGCGCUAGCUCAAUUUUAGCUUUUCGUGUGCCAAGCCCCAAUCCGCACGAAGAAUCCCCUCAUUCGCACCACCUCAUCAAACGUCCCGCGACGCCCCCAGACGCAACAAACCCAUCACCAUCCAUCGUCAAUCACAGUCAAGAUGGUGAACCUUACCACGCAAAAGCGGCUCGCCGCCUCUGUCGCGGACUGCGGCAAGCGCAAGAUCUGGCUCGACCCGAACGAAGUCAACGAAAUCUCCAACGCCAACUCGCGCCAGACCAUCCGCAAACUCAUUGCCGAUGGCCUCAUCAUCCGCAAACCGGUGACGAUGCACUCGCGCAGCCGGGCCCGCGAGCUCACUGCGGCGAGGCGAAUUGGCAGACACAGAGGGUUUGGUAAGAGGAAGGGUACGGCCGAUGCUAGGAUGCCGACUCAGGUCCAGUGGAUGCGUCGUCUUCGUGUCCUCCGCCGUCUGUUGGUCAAGUACCGUGCCGCCGGCAAGAUCGACAAGCACCUCUACCACGAACUCUACCACCUGAGCAAGGGUAACACCUUCAAGCACAAGCGUGCCCUCGUCGAGCACAUCCACAAGGCCAAGGCCGAGAAGCUGCGUGAGCGUCAAAUCAAGGAUGAGAUGGAUGCUAAGCGUGCGAAGAACAAGGCGGCACGUGAGCGGAGACUGGAGCGUAAGGAGGACAAGAAGAAGCAGCUCUUGGGCGACGAUGCGGAUGCCCAGCCCCAGCAGCCGUAGAGUCAUUAUCGUUGGCUGUAGCUUUCUUGCAUUAGAUGAGAGGCAAUGGCUGGUGAAAUGGCAUGUGGUGGAAUGGGGAGGCGGAGUGGUUUCCUUUUUCGUAGUCCGACUUCGCUGGCGUCUCCAGUUGCACGCAUUCGGAGUUCUUAGAGAGACAUGCAAUGCAAAGGAUGAAAAUCAGCUGUGUCUUCAACGUGCAUAUAGCGUAGUAUGACUGGGCCGAAGUGCAUGCACUACUGCCAGCUUGAGUGAUAGGCUAGGCAAAAGAAAAGGGCUGCAUG